AUGUCCAACGUUAUGGAUGUGCAAACGGAGGACAACCUCCAGUACCAGUUCUACCCAGUAUCAUCGGGUUCCGUUCAAUUUAAGGUGCGAGCAGCCAAUGAUGCUCACUUGGCACUCACUAUGGGACCCCAAGAAUCAGACCCCAUGUAUGAGGUCUUUAUCGGUGGGUGGGGUAAUAGCAAAAGUGUAAUCAGAAGGAACCGUACCAAACCUGAUAAAGUCGAGGCUGAUACACCUGGUAUUCUCAACAGUGGGGAAUUCCGUGGUUUUUGGGUACGUUGGGAUGGCGGCGUCGUUUCCGCCGGCCGAGAAGGAGAAGUCAUCCCAUUUGUGUCCUGGACAGACCCGGAGCCAUUCCCUGUAGCUUUCGUAGGAGUCUGCACAGGCUGGGGUGCCUCAGGCUCAUGGAAAAUCGAAGAUGGUGCUGAAUUUGAUACACCAGACAAGUUAGAGUACAAAUUCGGACCGGUAGCUGCGGGCUCCCUCCAAUUUGAAUACCGUGGUCCACAUAAUGCACACUUGUGUCUGACACCCGCCCCAGCGGAAAUUAAUCCUAUGUACGAAAUCAUACUUGGAGGCUGGGAGAACACCCAGUCAGUCAUUAGAUACUGCAGAGAGAAACCUGACAAGGUAAUAUUACCGACGCCAGGAAUUAUGAAUCCCAACGAGUUUAGGAAAUUUCUGAUCGAAUGGAAAUGUGGCAGACUGCUUGUAAGGGAUGGAACUUCUGGAGCAGUGCUCAUGGAGUGGGUUAACCCGUCUCCGGUCCCCGUGACACACUUUGGCGUACGCACGGGCUAUGGCGCCCGCGGCCACUGGCGCAUCAUGCACUUCGGCGCACCAGGCAGCCUUCCACCAUCAGCGCCUGUAGCGGCCCCUCUGUACAGUAGCCCGCCCGGAUACCCUGGUGGUCCCAUGGGAGGAGCUGGUCAGUGGGUAGAUGCUGCUAAUGGACAGUUACCACCUGGAGCUGUAGCUGGCGGACAAGACUGUAGCGGCGAGCCACUGUUCAUUGCUAGAGCGCAACACGAAGGCGCCACGAUCCCUGGAAAACUACUCCAAUCUCAUGGCUGUGCGUUUGUACCCUGGGGCGGGUUGGAGCAUAGCAAACCUCAAUAUCAGGUACUAGUCGGAGGUCCCAAUAACUGGGUACCAACAAGCGGAUCCGCCAUCCCCCCCGGAGCGUUCCCUGGUGGUGUGUCUGAAGAUGGGGAAACCCUUUUCGUAGGCAGAGUACGUCACGAAGGAAGCCUGACCACAGGCAAAGUUCAGCAAUCUCACGGAGUCUGCUACAUCUCUUUUGGAGGCCAGGAAUUAAGCUUCCCCGAAUACGAAGUCCUUGUUUCUUAA